AUGAAACAACGCCACAUAUUUUGGAUGAUAUCAUAUAACAAUCCGACUCCCCUAGAAUUCUUUCGUUUUAUCACCCCAACACAUAAAUCCCGUGCAAUUGAAAAGUACGGGAAAUGCCUUGAUGAGGCUAUUGAUUUCUGUGAGGACUCGGACAAAGAGUCGAAACUAAGAAAUCUCAAAGAAACUAUUAAUUGCAAUUCAGAUUGGGAAUUGUGGCUUAUAGAAAAAAAAUCGAGGUCAAUUCGUAAUGAAAUUCAUGAAACAAAUGUGGAAGUACACCAAGAAUUAAACACCCUUGUCAGGAAUGGAGGAAGACAAAAUCAGAAUAAUGAAAAUGCCGAUGAUGAGGAAGGUAGUAACAAUAAUGAUAGCGUCAAUAACGAGGAAGGCAGUAACAACAAUAAUGAUAGCACCAAUAACGAUAGAGGUAGUAACAAUAAUGAUAGCGCCAAUAACGAGGACGGCAGUAACAGCAAUAAUGAUGGCACCAAUAAUGAGGAAGGUAUUAAAAGCGACGAAAGUGCCGACAGCGGUAAUAUAAAUGAGGAAGAAUAUUUAGAUGAAAACAAGAUAAUCGUUUAUGAUAUUCUUGAUUGCGAUAUAUCAGCAACUCAGGCUGAACUAGAUAUUCUAGAAAUAUAUCGUUCAAAAUUCAAUAAUUAUCCUGCCAUGGACCUCCGACUACAUUCAGAACUAUCCCUUUCCUUAGAUCAAGAAUUGCAAGAUAAAAUUCUACAUGAAGUUUUCGAUGAAAUAGACAAGGAUUAUAUAACAGAUGAAAUUCAUAAUUUUCUCACUGACUUUUUUAAUGCUGAUCACGGUAAACAAGGAUGGCACAAAUCAGUUCGGAGAAUAGUCAUUAAUGAAAAAGACUCAGAAUUACUGCAAGGUACAAAAGAACUGCUUAAGGGAACAUUGGGACGAUUUAUAAAGGCCUUCUCUUUAGAUGCACUAAACCCAUUGAGAGAUAUUAUGAUGUUAGAAAGACCUCAUCUCAACCAAUUUAUACAUCCGUUAAUUGAUAAUGCAUUGUGGAUUUUUGCAAGUGUUAAUUAUAUAUCUGGUGAGAUUUCUUUGCAAGGAAAAGCAAAAGUCAUGGCAGAUGGUGUUGGAUACCUUAAUGAUGUCUCAAACUACCAAAUUGUUUGCAUGGAAGGGGCAAGACCAGGGGCGAGGAAUGAAAAAAAUGUUAACGAUGAUAAGAAGAACAUCAAAAGCAUGAUACAACUGUUUAACUAUAUAAUUGUAACAGAGGCUUCAGAACGAAGACAAGUAUACACAGGCCUUCGAGUAUAUGGUGCAACUGCUUGCAAAACUGAACUCUCCCUUACAAUGCUUGAUUUUCGUGGAACAUAUCGUUUGUUCGAAGUGGACCGUUUUAGUCUCCCAAAAGAUUGGGUAGAUAUGCCUAAUUUCGUUUUUAUGUAUGAAGCUCUAAUAAAGUGGGCA